AUGCUGCCCCUCACUACGAGACAGUUAUGGUCCUGUUUCUAUUCUGCUGUUGUCUUACUGGGAACCGUUGAGGCCUUCGCCUCGCCCAUCAUAGCCAAAGGUCCCGACUGUGAGACCAAGAACGGUGCUGUUAUCGUCACUCCCGAUUGCGUCGAUGUCACCUACAAGACCGUUAUCAUCGACUCUGAGACGGACGUCACUGUUCCCGUCCCUCAUCACAAGAUCUCGGGACACUUUGAUGGAACCACCAUCGACUUCAACAUUUACUUCCCUAAGACCGGAUGGGACGGGAGAUUCUUCCAGCUGGUGUACCCGACGCAGAAUUCGACCGCUGAAGACCGAAACAUAGGGUUUGGUGCUGACAGUGGUGGUUACACCAACCACGUUGCCGGAGGAGGCGGCUACCGCGCUGAUGCUGCCGUAGCGAAGCUGUCGAGGAAACUCGCAGCCGAUUACUAUAAGAAACCCAACGCCAAAAUUUACGGUUACGUCUACGGCGCAAGCGGCGGCUCCAUGGUGACUGUUGGGGCCAUCGAGAACACCUUUGACGUCUGGCAGGGUGCUCUCGCCAUGGUCCAAGCCGUUCCAGUCUCCAACCCCAACAACUUUUGCAUGCGGGCCUUUGCCGGGCUCGUGUUGGAGGCCCAAAAGGACAAGCUGAUAUCUGCCGCUCGACCUGGCAGUGAUUUAAAUCCCUUCAAGGACCUUGACUCUAUGAGGCGAGAGGUUCUUACUGAAGUUACGGAGCUCGGCAUUCCCCUUGCAGCAUGGGAAGACUGGGAGGGCGUCACGCAGAACAGGACCAACUUCCUGCGCACCUUUAGACUCCUUGUUCCUCCCACCAUAGCCUCCUUUGAUCCCACCUACGUCAACGACUUUUGGACUAAGAAUGGCUAUCUUGGAACGGAAAAGUCUACUCUUGGUGACUUCUAUCGGAAGUCGAUAUACAAGUAUGAUGCUGUCGUCCAAAAAGUUGAUGUCGAUUCCGGCAACGUCCCAGUUUCCAUUACCCUCGACAAAGUCCCCUCGAAGCCACCAGCAUUCGGCCUCCAGUUCACAAUCCAGUCAAAGGAUGGUAAAGGAGGCCUCUUCACGGCACAGCUCGACAAAAGUUCCAAGACGGCUAUCAUUGACCCUGGACAAAACUCCGCCAUCCUUUCCUCGGUCUCCAAGGGAACCAAGCUCCGCGUCGACAACAGGGCAUGGCUGGCUGGCUCGGUAUGCCACAGAUACCAAGUGCCUACUAGGCCCGGCUUCUAUGGAUAUGACUAUCUUCGUACGGCUGACGGAAAGCCAAAAUACCCCCAGCGCAGCACACUCAUCGCUGACACUAUCUCACGAGGAGCUAGUGGCGGCGGUUUGUGGACUGGAAACAUCACUGGCAAGAUGAUAGUCCUGGACACCCUCAAGGACUACGACGCCAUGCCAUGGCAUGCGGACUGGUACAAAGAGCAAGUCCGCAACGCGCUUGGCGACCGCUUUGACGAUAACUACCGCCUGCAUUACGCCGAAAACGCCGAUCACUUCAUUGAACCGGUUGAGGUGCCCCAGACAACGCGUCUCGUGAAUUACGUCGACAUGGCUGAACAGCAUCUCAGGGAUCUGAGUGCUUGGGUGGAAAAGGGCACCACUCCUCCUACGGGGACUUCAUAUGCUGUGAUGGAUGGACAAGUCAAGGUUCCCACCACCGCCGCACAGCGCAAGGGAAUUCAGCCUGCUGUUGAUCUGACUUCCGGCGGAAAGACUUCAGUCACGGUCAAGGCUGGACGGUCUGUCUCUUUCAAGGCACACAUCGAAAUUCCGGCUGGCACUGGAUCUGUCACUGCGGUUGAGUGGGAUUUUGAGGGAACUGGGAUAUUUACCAAGAAGGACUUUGGGAAGGCCAAGGAUGUCAUGGACGUGACUGCGUCUCAAACAUUUAGGAAGAAGGGCACUUAUUACGUUGCGGUCCGUGUGGCUUCCAACCGCAAGGGAGAUGCCAAGACUCCUUAUGCCCAGGUUCAGAACCUUGGUCGCAUGAAGGUGGUUGUCAACUAG